GUUUACUAUGUGUUUCGGACAACAUAACAACACCAGGUGGAGGGUUCAAUGUGUUGAAUUUAUGUCUAAUGCAAAUUAAAGAUGAUGAUUUCACCAAUAAAGGUAAAUAAGAAUUCAGCAGUACCUUCUGUUUUGUGACAUUUGAUUGAUGACAGCUUUUUCUCGUCAUAACUCUUUAACAGUCAUUACACGUCCGGUUUUGAAAUAUCACUGUUGCAUAAACUUAAGGCGUUGAACGUUGAUUUUUAAACAGCUGCUUUAUUUUUGAAGACACUUCCCUUCACAAUGAGAAGAGGGGGCUUUCUAGCCUUCUUGGUGUGUUUUUACUAUGUAGAGGGCGGGGGGUUGACCAGUUUUGGACUGGGGAUGAUAGGACACUUUGGAAGGAUGGAUAGGGUACAAAAAACAGGAGGGUUGAUGUCCAAUUUCGAUUUGGAGUUGAAAGGCACGGAAGAGAGAAAUGGAGGAACAGUGACUAAAUUCGAAGUAAAAUUGAAAGACGCUCAAGUGAAGAAGAGAGGCAGAAUGGCUAAUUUUACACUGAAUACAAAAAACAGUGAAGAAGGGAGUGCGACAGUGAACAAAUUCAAGCUGAAGUCUAAAGACAAUGUCCAAAAGGAAAACCAGAUACUGAACAAUUUCAGAUUUGAUUUGAAAGACAAGGAAAAGGACAAUGGAAACGAAGUUCAUCAAUCUUCAUCAAAUAAUAUUAAGCCUAAUGUGAGUCCUUAUCGGCCUAAGAAUGAAGAACAGAAGUGUAUGGUAAUUGUGAGGAAGACCUUUCUGGAGAAGGAGAUGGUUAUUUAUCCAUGCUUUCGGCCCGUCAGAGGGGUCACCCCUGUAGCAGCCCACCAAAGUUCUAUAGGGUUAGUGUGUAGAGGAUUCACCACCAUCCCCAGCACGAAAUACAUCAGAAUGUCUAUCUGCUGUCCUGGAUGGUAUGCUGACAACCAAGGGCGCUGUACAAUGAGGGUGGAUGAUAGAGGCCGUGAGUCGCAGAUGCCAAAAGUGAGUGCACCUGCUCAGGACAACAGUCAAAAACGUCUCGAGGCUCUACCUAAAUACCCCGCAUCGUAUAAAAAUCCACAAUUUGGACCAAUGAAUCGUGGUCUACCUCCACCAGACAGAUGGACUCCAAACGAUAUGGCCAUGCGUAGAAUCCAAAAUAUGAUGGAACAAAGACUGAGAUUGAUAGAUAUGAUUGAGAGGAAGAUGAAAGCACGAGAACAAAAAACCACCCGUCCUCCUGUUCCUCAGUCUCCAGUAGGAAAACUUUUCCCAACCGUAAGAAAAUUCAUCACAGUAAGCAAGUCUGUAAUUUCACCAAGAAAACUGUCACGCCAGAACAAAAUACCACAGGUACCAAAUAACACACCUCUCCGCCAUCAACCCGUCCAACAGAUCCCGAUGAUUCCAAAACCCCAGCAACAGAAGCCGCAAUUCAUUAUCGCUCAGAAGAAACAAUUUGUACAGGUGCCUCGUCAGUCCAUCCCUCAAUUCUCGCCAGUCAAACAGGCCACACAUAUUCGUAUAAAUGCACCCAAUGCCUUCCCAUAUAUUCCACACCAUCCCUCGAUGAGACAAAGAGGAAUGCCACAAAUUCCAGACAUGCAUGCUCAGCGUUUCCACAAUCGGAUGCCACCGAUUCCACCCAUGCACAAACAUAUUGCUCCACCUCGAUCACAGUUCCCCAAUGUCCCUCCCCACCCCAUGGCUUUACUCCUCCAGCGUAUCGAUCAAGACAGAGUUCAGCUCCCCAAAUUCCCCGUCCAAAUGCCACCAGUUCAAGUACAACCAGGACCAAGUCUUGGCUUCCCCUCACCUCCGCCAUGUUUCGCAGCUUACCUGGAUGUUGUGCAGUCUUGCUUCAAAGAAUCUGGUGUGGAGAUGCCACCAGAUCAUGGCAUUCUAAAUGGCGAUUACAACUACCAGGGCGUCUGUCAAAAGAAGAUCCCAAUCGCAGACUGCAUCAAACGGUCAGUGCACCCUUGCGCCACUCUCCAGGAACACAUGUUGGUCCGUACCACGAUGGUCAACACACUGUCUGAAAUUGACAGAAUUUGCCGCAUUGACAGCAUCCAAGGAAUCGAACAUCGUAUGGCUGUUGACGAUGAGGUCCCUGCUCCACCAACAGAUAUUCCACAUGACCACAUACACAUGCAUGGUGACGUUGUGCACAGUCAUCCACAUGAUCAUCACCACGAUCACCAGCAUCUUCCAUUAGACACCCCACUCGAAGAGAAAGUCAUCCAGGCGGAACCGGCCACGGAACCUCCUACCGAUGGCAUCCAAUUCCUUGGACCCUCUGAUCAAAUCAGAGCUGAUCCUAUACCAGAGGAUAAACCAGACAUUACUCCUGAUAUCAAGCAAGAUAUCAAACCAGAAAUUAAACAAGCUAUUGAUGAGGUGAAAAAAGACGAUAACGUCAUGGUGGAACUUACCAAGGUCAUUGAGAACAAUGUGGAGCCACACAUCCAUGCGCAUCCUCAUGUACAACAUGUUCAUGACGACAUCACACACGAAUAUUAUCUUCCUCUCCUUAUUGGCACAGCUAUCGGAGUGGCGGCCAUUUUCCUUCUUUUGUUGGCCAUUUUCUGUAUUUGCUGCCGAAGAAGAAUCAAGAAGAAAAUUUACGUCGAAAGAGAACCAGAAAAACCCAAACUGUUUGAGGGAAUCUACACUAUCGGAGUACCUCCACCAGUUUAUGAAGUGAAUGGCAUUCCACCACUGUCGUAUGAAGAAGUUCGAGGAAUCAAAAUCACGGGCUCACCGUCGUCUGUAAGACGUCAUAACCAGGAAAAUGACCAGGCCGAGAAUACCUCACGCCGUGGAGUCGUAUCGGACAUUUAAGAGUGAAAGCGAUGGAAGACGUCGUGACGUAAAGACUGAGUGCUAUCUAUUCAACCUUUCCAACGUUUUCGCUUUACCGAUAGAGCAAAAUUUUAUUGUACUAAUGCAAUCUCGUGAUAGAAUCUCGUCCGUUCUUGUGUGUCAAAUGACAAGCAUCUUCAUGUAUAUAUACAGUAUAUUUGGUUGAAUAAAAUUCAGUUACACAUUUUUGAAUGAUA